AUGGUAACAUUAUUAUGUAUAUUUGUGUAUAUAACUAGAUUAUAUCGUCAAUAUCGACUAAAACAUUACGAUGUACCUGCACGCGAUAUACGGAAAGGACAUCGAUGGGUAAUGGUGGAGAUAUUCCCAAAACCCACGUAUUGUAAUAUUGAGAAAUAUCACAUAGUACAUGGUGCUGAAUGUGAUUCUUGCGGAAUUUGCGUCGCUGAUCAUAAUAUGAAAAAAGCCAAUGUGUUGAUUCCGUGUAAAAAAUUAUGCACAGAUAACAGAAAAGAGAAAUUUUCUCAUCAUUGGGUACCUGGUAAUCUCCCUUUAAACAGCAAGUGUAUGGUUUGCCACACAGACUGUGGUAAUUUGCCACAAUUAAGUGAUUUCAAAUGUUGUUGGUGUUUACGAACGCUACAUGACGAUUGCAUCCCGUUCAACGAUGACUGUGAUUUAGGUCGCUACAGACAACUAAUAAUUCCUCCAAACUGUGUCGAACUCAAAUGGAUUGGAAUGAGGAGGAAACUUGUGGUAAAGACGGUGCGGAAACCGAAUAUUCUGAAUUGGUCCCCGUUGAUUAUUAUAGCCAAUAAGAAAAGUGGAAGUAAAGAUGCUGAAGUUUUGUUACGUACGUUUCGAGGAUAUUUAAAUCCUAUUCAGGUGAUUGAUAUAUCAGAAUCAAAACCAGAAGAUGGCCUGGAACUUUGUGAUCUAUUACCAGACAUUGUCUUUACGGUGCUGGUCUGUGGUGGAGAUGGUACUAUAGGCUGGGUUCUUAGAGCCAUAGAAAAUCUCAAUUUAAGGACCCCACCACAAGUAGGAAUGGUACCUCUGGGUACUGGUAAUGAUUUAUCACGAGUCCUGGGCUGGGGUGAAGGAUAUACUGGUGAUAUAGAGGUACCUGAAAUACUAGAACAGUUAAAAUUUGUAAAACCAGUGAAAUUAGACAGGUGGAAAAUUGAAAUCAGCCAUGAAAAGAGACUGGGCAUUCCAUUGAGAAAGAGGACUAUUAUGAUGAAUAAUUAUGCCUCAUUAGGAGUUGAUGCCCUUGUCACGUUGAAUUUCCAUAAACAACGAGAGAGUCUUCCCUGGCUGUUUGCUCAUAGAAUCAUCAAUAAGUUUUGUUAUUUUACAUAUGGAACUAAAGAUGUGCUAGAGAGAGAGUGUAAACAUCUUCAUAAAAAAUUACAGGUUGAAUUAGAUGGUAAAUUAAUAGAUCUUCCAGAAAUUGAAGGUUUAGUGGUACUGAAUAUUUCUAGCUGGGGUGGAGGGGUCCGACCAUGGCAACUCUCUGGUGAUGAAGGCAACUUUAAACCUGCCAGGUAUGAUGAUAAAAUGUUAGAAGUUAUGGCUCUCUAUUCCUCUUUUCAUAUUGCUCAACUACAAGUUGGUCUGGCCUCACCUAUUAGAUUAGGACAGGCUCAGUUUGUUAAGAUCCGUCUUUUUGGUGGAAAUGCUCCGAUGCAGGUUGAUGGGGAACCAUGGGAACAACAUCCUGCAGAAAUUAUCAUCACUCAUCAAACUCAAGCGUCCAUAUUGGCAAAAAAUGAACAUUAG